CGGCUGGGGCCUGUGGAUGUACCCAGCGCCCGCCUGACUAAAUAUAUAGUGUUGCUGUGUUUCACUAAAUUUUUGAAGGCUCUAGGAUUGUUUGAAUCCUAUGACCUCUUGAAAGUAGUUCACCUUGUACAGUUUAUCUUCAUUGUAAAACUUGGAUCUGCAAUUUUUAUGAUUUUGAUUCAAAAACCAUUUUCUUCGGGAAAACCAGUAACUAAGCAUCAGUGGAUCAAAAUAAUUAAACAUGCUGUUGUUGGUUGCAUAAUUUCAUUCUUGUGGUUUUUUGGCCUUACCCUGUGUGGACCACUAAGAACUGUGUUGAUUUUUGAGCAUAGUGAUAUUGUUGUCAUUUCAUUACUCAGUGUCCUCUUCACAAGUUCCAGAGGAGGGCCAGCAAAGACCAGAGGGGUGGCAUUUUUUAUAAUUGCUGUGAUCUGCCUUUUGCUUUUUGAUAAUGAUGAUCUCAUGGCUAAAAUUGCAGAACACCCUGAAGGACACCAUGACAGUGCUCUAACCCAUAUGCUUUAUACAGUCAUCACUUUCUUAGGAGUUGCAGAUCAUAAGGGUGGAGUAAUCGUGCUUGUAUUAGCAUUGUGUUGUAAAGUUGGGUUUCACACAGCUUCCCGAAAGCUCUCAGUAGAUAUUGGUGGAGCCAAACGCCUUCACUCAUUGUCGCAUCUUGUUUCAGUUCUCCUUCUGUGUCCUUGGGUAAUUGUUUUGUCUCUGACAACUGAGAGUAAAGUAGAAUCAUGGACUUCCCUCAUCAUGCCCUUUUUAAGUAUAAUCUUUUUCGUCGUGAUUUUGGACUUUUAUGUAGAAUCUGUGUGUUAUGUCAAGAUGGAAGUAUCAAAAUGUGCCCGUUAUGGAUCCUGUCUCAUUUUCAUUAGUGCUUUAAUUUUUGGUAAUUUUUGGACACAUCCAAUAACAAACCAGCUUCGUGCUAUGAACAAACCAGCCCACCAGGAAACUACAGAGCAUGUUAUAUCUGGAGGAGUGGUAGUCAGUGCCAUUUUCUUUAUAUUAUCUGCCAAUAUUCUUUCCUCCCCAACACGGAAAGGGCAGAAAGGUACUCUUAUUGGUUAUUCUCCAGAAGGAAUACCACUGUACAAUUUUAUGGGUGAUGCUUUACAACACAGCUCUCAGUCCUUACCUCGAUUUAUUAAAGAAUCACUGAAGCAAAUUCUUGAGGAGUCUGACUCAAGGCAGAUUUUUUAUUUUCUGUGCCUAAAUCUGGCUUUUACAUUUAUAGAAUUAUUUUAUGGUGUGUGGACCAAUAGUCUGGGAUUAAUUUCGGAUGGAUUUCACAUGCUUUUUGACUGUUCAGCUUUAGUUAUGGGUCUCUUCGCAGCGCUGAUGACUAGAUGGAAAGCAACCCGUAUAUUUUCCUAUGGGUUUGGCCGUGUGGAAAUUCUCUCAGGUUUUAUUAACGGCCUUUUUCUCAUGGUAAUAGCUUUCUUUGUCUUCACUGAGUCUGUGGCCAGACUGGUUGAUCCUCCAGAUAUAGAUACAAAUAUGUUGACUCCUGUUUCAGUUGGAGGAUUGAUAGUAAACCUUGUUGGUAUCUGUGCCUUUAGCCACGCCCAUUCCCAUGGGCCUUCUCGAGGAGGAUGCCAUGCACAUGAGCACAGUCAUUCCCAUCACAGCCACAGUCAUGGCCAUGGCCAUUCCCACAAUGACUAUGGGCACACUCAUAAUCAUGGACACUCGCAUGGAUCUUUAGGAGGCAGCAUGAAUACCAAUAUGAGAGGAGUGUUUCUACAUGUCUUGGCAGAUACCCUUGGGAGUGUUGGAGUCAUCAUAUCAACAAUUCUUAUUCAACAAUUUGGAUGGCUGAUAGCUGAUCCACUCUGCUCUCUAUUUAUUGCCACACUGAUUUUUCUCAGUGUUAUACCUCUAAUAAAAGAUGCAUGCCAAGUACUCUUGUUGAGACUGCCUCCAGAACAUGAAAAAGAUCUGCAUAUGGCUUUAGAAAAGAUCCAGAACAUAGAUGGUGUCAUCUCCUACAGAGAACCUCAUUUCUGGUGUCACUCUGCUAAUGUUGUGGCAGGCACCUUACAUGUGCAAGUAAUGUCAGAAGUGAUGGAACAAAGAAUUAUACAGCAGGUAUCAGCAGUUCUCAAAGAUGCUGGCAUUAACAAUUUGACUAUCCAGGUGGAAAAAGAAGCUUAUUUUCAGCAUAUGUCUGGCCUAAGUACAGGGUUUCAUGAUGUCCUUGUGAUGACAAAACAAAUGGAAUCCAUGAAAUACUACAAAGAUGGAACUUACAUCAUGUAAUUUGGAGUUAACAUCUGUUGAAUUCGCUGUCUCCAUUAUUUCAUCAGGAGACUUUGUACAUAACUGUACAGGAACAAAUAUAUAUAUGAAUUUUUAGACAAACUGUUAUAUACCUUUAAAACCAGAUCAGGAAGUUUAAAACAUGUGGGACACCUAGAACAUAUGCUGUAUAUGUGGAAAUAAUGGCAAUGUAAAAUACUGUAUUUGGUGUCUUAUUAAACAGAUUUUGCUACAUGAA